UACCUCCUCUGCCUGCCACGUCAUCAGCCCACAUCAACAAAACCAAAUCCCACACACAAGCAAAUACGUGAUCAAAUGAAAUAAAAUAGUUGGAAACUUCAAAGACAUGUGAAGGAGCAAGACUAGGCUUGUUUCAUGCAAUAUUUAAAGAUUUUAUCGAAGACGACGACUUUUGACUGGUAUUAUGUAUAAUAACCAUAGCUUGACUUGUUCAAGUAUAUAUGAAUAAUUUGAGUUCUUGAGAUUAGAGAAUUCUUUUUUCCUGUAAUGGAAUAGUAUGUUUGUGAGAUUAGUCAAUACAUUGUGGGUGCCAAGAAAGUGAAAGAAACCAAGAAAAUGAUUUAAAGAAAUAAAGAGUACUAAGAAAUUUAAAGGUAGCUAUGGAAAGAAAUAGAGAAUUCAGCAUUACUACAGGUAUUAAUAUGCAGAACUUCCUAAUUCAAGUUCGAGAAGAUAGACUUCCAUCUACAAACCCGGUCAAGGCUCAAGAGUCAAACGCUCACAUUGAGACAGCAACAGUGGCGGCACGGCAAUUCGUUCAGAGGCUCUUCCGAGUCCUUUUCUUCUUGCACAUAAUCCUAACUGCCAUCCUAGUAAUCUUCCUCACCGUCCGUGGCCUGCUCUCUGCACAUAGACAUCACUUCCACCCCAAGAAGUGGUAUCCACCACUCCUGACAGCAACAGCCUGCAGUGCAAUUGUAGCUUUCACUUGGCAAUGGAUCACCCUCCGCUAUCCUUCAAGAGCUAUAAAAGCUGCAUUUUGGAUUAGCCCCUUGUUGACAUGUGCAGUUGGGAUACUGCUUGUGUUAAUUGGCUCUGCUGCAAGUCUUGCAAUGGGUUCAGUUGCAGUUGUUUUUUCCAUCAUUCAAUCCCUUUAUGCCUGUUGGGUGAAUCUCAGGUUUAAUUAUGCAAUCAAGAUUCUCUCAGUUUCCACAGCUUUUCCUCCUGCUAAAACUACUGCAUUGGUUAUUCUCUCUCUUGUCAUAGGCAUAGUUUAUUCUGGCUUCUUGGUGUCUGGUAUAGGCGGUGCCACUAUUACUGGAACUGAAAUAGACACCUUGUUCAUAUUGGUGAUCUUGUUAAGCCUGAUAUGGUGUAUGCAAGUGAUGAAAAACACAUUGCAGGUUACAGUUGCACACAUCAAGUACAUACAAUUGGCACGUGAAGCAGAUAUGGACACAAAAGUAGCUUUAAGAGACACAAUCAAACACCUUAUGGGGAAUAUACUCAUCGGUUCUGCCAUUGUACCGAUUCUUACUGUAAUCCGGGGCUCUGCACGAGCAAUUAGUCUGGUUGCGGGGGGUACAGAUGAAUUCUUGUUCUCCUGCGCUAACUGCUAUUCUGCUUUAGCUUCUACACUGGUGAACUAUGGAAAUAGGUGGGGUUUUGUGCACGUAGGAGUUUAUAACAAGGGGUUUGUGCAGGCAUCCAUGGACACAUGGGAGUUGUUCAGGAGGGCAGGGCUGGAACCGCUAAUUGAUUCAGACCUUACUGGGUCAUUCUGUUUCCUAUCUGGGAUAGCAGGAGGUGCAAUAUGUGCUUUGGUUGGAGGAAUAUGGACAUUAACAGUUCAUAAGAGCUAUGCAACAGAAGUGUCAAUCUAUGCCUUCUUGAUAGGCUAUUUCAUGUUUUGUGGUCCUCAGUGUAGGGUAGCAAUGGCAUGGCCACAAGCAUGUGUUUCGGCUUACUAUGUAGUUUACGCAGAGAACCCACAGGGCCCAAGGUUUGACCCAACUAUUCCAGUUCGCAUUCAAGAGCUUCAAAGAUAUGGAGCUUAAAGAUCCUGGAAGCCAACUUAGACAUGGUCGUUAGCAGCAGAUAUCUAAAAACUUAGACGUGGUUGACCCAACUAUUCCAGUUCGCAUUCAAAAACUUGUACCAGAUAUACCUGACAGUUAGAAAUACGUGAAUUUGUCGGAUUUUAACUACUGGUUUGGGAAUGAUACAAACUGAUGUUGUACAUGAUUCAAUAUCUCAAAAUUUUUGAAGUACAUGCCCUUAAA